UGACGUCAUUCCAUGAUGGCUGAAGACCCCGGUGGAACAGUUUUUAAUUUCUCUGUUAUUUUUCUGUCUUUCUCUUUAAGUCGGCUUGCCAUAGAGCCAUGGCAGGACUCACAGCCCCGUUAAGCGUCUACAUAUCACUGGUGUCGACAUGCCCAAGAAAGGGAACCGAAAACGGCUGAAAUUUAAGGCCGGGGACGUGUGCUCGGAAUCAGUCACAGUCGCUGAUUUUGCUGAUGCCGACCCAGCCGUUGUGAAGUCGGGUAGGGUGAAGAAAGCUGUCGCAAAUGCGAUUGAAAAAGAAGUAAAAUUGCUGUGCGGGUUGGAAGCCUCUCAAGGGGCGGUGGAGGAAGUCCUCUCGUCUGCAUUGACUGUCAGAGCAGACGCCGUGGGCAGUAGCGAUGACCCUGAGGACGAUGAAGGGGAAAAUGAAACUAAAGUGGCCCGCAAGAAGAAAAACAAGAGAAAGAAAGAAAGCAGUGAGAGCUGUGAUGGGGAGGACUAUCCAGUAGACAUUUGGUUGGUACUUUCUUCCUACAUUCGACCUGAGGACGUGUGCAGAUUUGCUUUGAUCUGCAGGAAUGCGUGGACAGUGACUUGCACUGCUGCUUUUUGGACUAGACUCUACAGAAGGCACUACAGGAUUGAAGUUGACCUGCCAUUUCGUCUCCAGCCUGUCUCCGUAGAUAGGAUGCGCUGUCUACGGGCCUGUGUGAUUCGCUCCCUUUUCCAUUUGUACGAGCCGUUUAGCUUGCGUGCUUCAAAGGUUCCUGCACUGCCAGAAUCCACGCCCACAACGCUGCUCAACUCCAAGUGUUUACUCUUCUGGAUCAAAAAGUUGUCAGGGACUCGGCCAGAAGCAUUGUGGGAGUUCAACUUCAAAUUUAAAAAUCAGGGACACAUUAAGAAUUGUUGUGCCAAGUCUUUGCACCUGCCCAAACAAUAUGAAGAUGUUCAUAUGAAUCCAGACUCUGACUGCAGUGUGCUUCAGGUCACCACCCUCAACUACAUCUUCAUCCCUGUAGUCAUGGGCCUGACCCUUACUCUGUUCACAAUCAAUGUGAGCCAGGACAUGCGUCACCACCGGGUUCGUCUGGUCUUCCAGGACUCUCCUCUUCAGCGGGGAAUGAAGAGAGGGGAUCAAGGUGGGACACAGGUUGUUUUGGAUCCCGUGCACAGCGUGAAGCUCAUGGACUGGUGGCAUCCACUGUACCCUUCGUUACCCUACACAUGUUGACCCCUCCUUAGCAAACCAGGGACCUAUUCCGAAUUAACCAUAAAAAAACCAAAUCACAUUCAAUAACACAUUUUGACUGUUAAAUGUUUAAAAAGGAAGCACUAACUUGAUGGAAAUAUUGAAUAUUUCAACUACAGCCACAUGGAUGAAAUAAAUAUAUAUUUGGUUGAGUCGACUGCUCUUGACCAUAAUACAAAGACAGUUGUGUUGCUUGUUUAAAUUAUAUGUAAUACACCGUUUCCAGAUGUUUUCUUUGAAGUGAAAUAUUAGAUAAACAGGGCAGUAUUUAGUCCUGUUGUUCCAGCUGUUUGGUUCAUGCCUGUUUCUGUCAGUUCCAAUAUUUCACUCAUCUGGCAGAUUUAUUUUAAGAUUUGUUACGUUUCAUCAAGAGAGUAGGUUUCUGGUUUAUUUUCAAUGGGAAACACUUCUGACUAUGUUCAUCUUUGCUUUAGAAAGGGGCCAAAAAUAUAAUUUACUUCGGAUGUCAUCCUCUGAUCUGACAGGUUUGUUUUCUUUUGAAUUAUUUCCUUAGAGCUUAAUUAUUUCCCUGCACAUUACUUUAGGUUUGCCUUUCACUGCCAUAGGCCGUGUUAUUCUGGGUUUGGGUUGAAUGUUAUAUUUGGAUCAGUUACGCUUGAUGAUGGGGGCAGUGCUACACUUUUCAUUGUUUUAACAAUUUCAUUAAUAUUUGAUUUGCAUGUAAAGUGUCAAGGAAAAAGAAAUCCUUAAAUCAACCACUUAUCCUUGUAGUAUUGAAAUUAUUGUUGGACGUUUUACUACUUACCAAAGGACAACUGGAUGUUUAGGUUAGCAAAUUAUGUAAAAUGAUGUUUUAGGUUCAUCAAACGAAAGCUUUUGUAAUAUACACAUUGGACAAUAAAAACAACUGCUCAUUCA